AUGGCAUGGUACGGGCAGAUCGAACAAUUACAAACAAUUUUCGAUGAACUUGAACGAUUAUUACCAUCAGGUGCUCAAUUGACAUCAUUUAUUGCUACAACUGUUCACUUUAUGGAUUGUCUCAUCAAUAAUCAACGAGGUAAUUUAUUUACGAAUGUUUAUCAUAAUUCAACCGUUCGACCAUUUUUAUUACCUUAUAUACCGAGUUAUGCACGAUUAUCACAUCGAAAAUGGUUUCGAUAUGCAUUCAUACAUGCCUUUCAUUAUUAUUGUUCAUUUGAAGAUUUCGAAGAUGAACGAAUCUAUAUCGAAGCUAUCUUUCUUGCCAAUGGAUAUUCAUUAGACUUUGUUAAAUAUCAUUGGAGACAAUUCCUUAAACGAUUUAAUUUCAGCCUAAUAGAACUAACGGAUCUGAAUUGA